AUGAAAUUUUUAGUAGUGUUGGUUGCCGUAACGGCUUUAAGCGCUGGUAGCGCAAUCCCCGUCGUUCCGGGAGAUAACAGUCACUAUGUGGAGGGUGAAAGCCGCUACAUCUGGAUGCCGGAUGGUGAAGGGAUUCCUCAUCUAGUAGACUUGCACGAGCCGGCUCACGAAUACUUGAUUCAGCCUAGAAAUGGUGCCAACAACGCAUACUGGCUUUUUACAAGGCAAAAUCGCAACAACCACCAGGUCCUUGUCGAUGGAGAUAUAAAUUCUGUUAGGAAUUCCAACUACAAUGCUAACCGUCCUCUGAAAGUGAUCGUUCACGGAUGGAACAGUGAUGGAAACUCAGCAAUAAACCCUCAAGUCACUUCUGCUUUCCUAGAUGCUCAAGACUGUAACGUUAUUGUUGUGGAUUGGAGACGGGUCGCUAGUGGGUUAUACACAACUUCUGUGAGGGGUGUUCCAGGUGUAGGAGAGUAUCUUGGAAGAUUCCUCGUGUGGUUAAUUAAUAAUGCUGGUGGUAACUGGAACAACGUCCACUUAGUUGGAUUCAGUUUAGGUGCUCACGUUGUCGGUAAUGCCGGCCGUACCGCAGGCAGACUGCCUUCCCGUAUUACAGGACUUGACCCCGCUGGUCCUCAAUGGGGUGGAAACUCGAACGCUCUGAAUCGAAAUGAUGGUCAAUACGUUGAGACGAUCCAUACUGAUGGUGGGCUUCUUGGUAUCUUCAACCAGAUUGCCGACGCUGACUUCUACCCCAAUGGAGGAAGAAAUCCUCAGCCGGGUUGCUGGAUAAGCACCUGUUCACAUAGCCGGGCAUACGAACUAUUUGCUGCAACUGUUCGAAACAACCAUCUCAACGGCAGGGCUUGUUCAAACACCAAUCAAGUUUCAAAUCCAAAUCAAUGUACUGGUGCCACUCUACAAAUGGGUAACGGAAUCGCAAAUAAGAGAGGAUCUGGUAUCUUCGCCCUUACGACCGGCAACUCGUUUCCAUUUUAA